AUGGAGCUGGGUAACAGAACGAAAGCAGAAGCGGUCAGUUCCGCCAUCGAAGACGCCGAUCAUGAUGGCUACACUCGAGAUGAGAGAGAUCUCAUUCGUCUGGGUAAGAAGCCGCAACUGAAGCGAACCUUCGGGUUCAUGCAAAUCUUGGGGUUUUCCUGUACCGUCCUGGUGACUUGGGAAGGUAUCCUGUCGGUUUCUACCCCAAGUCUCCUAAACGGUGGUCCUGCCGGCGUAUUCUGGGGGUAUCUUCUUAUCUGGAUCGGUUCAAUCUCCAUCUACACCGUCCUGUCUGAGUUGUCUUCGAUGGCACCUACCGCAGGUGGCCAGUACCAUUGGGUCGCAAUGUUGGCUCCACCGUCAUCCAGAAAGUUUCUCAGCUAUAUCACGGGAUGGGUGACGUUGAUAGGCUGGCAAGCAACCACUGCUUCUUCAGCGUACCUAGCUGGAACAAUACUACAGAGCGUGAUUCUAAUCCUCCACGACGACUACUCCCCCAAACCGUACCAAGCCAUGCUGCUCGGUUGGGCAGUGACCGCGUUUGCCGUUGUCAUCAAUACUAUCGGAAGCAAGACCCUCGCGCAUUUCGAAGGCGUGAUAUUGAUAUUGCAUAUUCUGGGGUUCUUUGCGAUCCUGAUUCCUCUCGUAUAUCUGGCUCCUCACAAUGACGCAUCAAUCUUCGUCACAUUUGUCAACACGGGUGGUUGGUCAACCCAGGGCUUGUCCUUCAUGGUAGGGCUACCAUCGUCAAUAUUCGCGCUAGUCGGUGUCGACUCAUGUGUUCAUAUGGCCGAAGAAGUAAAGAACGCAUCCAAGGUAGUGCCGCGAGCCAUCCAGAUUAGCGUGUUCCUCAACGGCGCACUUGGACUUGCUAUGAUGGUCGCAUACCUCUUCUGCCUGGGGGACCUGAAUGAUGUUUUGGAGAACUCAGUCACUCUUGGAUACGCUUACCUCUAUGUCUUCUUGAAAGGCACAGGAUCUCCGGGUGGGGCUAUGGCCAUGGCAUUGAUCAUGUGGUUUCUUGGUGUCUGCUGCCUGGUAGGUCUCAUGGCCGCAACCUCGCGGCAGAUGUGGUCCUUUGCAAGAGACAGAGCUGUGCCGUUCUCAGCGCAGGUCACUAAGCUCAAUCCUGCAACUUUGAUCCCGGUCAACACGAUCCUUAUCACAGCUGCCGUCAGCGUGCUCCUGUCGUUCAUCGCGCUCGGCUCCUUCGUCGCUUUCAGCAACAUCGUCAACCUCAGUAUCGGGGGCCUCUACGCUUCAUACUUCAUCGUAUGCGUCCUUCUCCUUUGGCGGCGUCUCAAGGGCAUCAGCCCGUACAACUCGCGUGCCGCAAUGGUCGGACCGGAGACAUUGCAAUGGGGUCCAUGGAGAGUUCCCGGCGUGCUGGGCGUGGCCAACAACAUCUUUGCCUGCAUUUACCUGUUCGUGAUGUGGUUCUUCUCCUUCUGGCCGGGUUCCGUUGAGGUCAAUGCACAGUCGAUGAACUUCAGUUCAGUUACGUUCGGAGGAACCGUACUCUUUGCCGUCAUUUGGUAUUUCGUAAGAGGCAGAAAGACAUAUGCCGGGCCCAUCGUCGAGGUAGUCUUGUAG